UAAAACCCCCGAACUGCAGUCAUGAAGUUCAUAGUUAUUCUUUCCCUUAUAGCGGUUCACUACACGAGAGGAAACUGUUCAUCCGUGUCAACGAUUGCGCAGAGCAACGAAGUCAGCAAACAUUUCUCACCGGACGAUUAUCUAGCAUUUGUAGAAAAACUCGCUAAGCAAUUGGAACAAGCGACACUUGAUUUUACCAAAGAUACCGUAGAGUGCUUCCCUCUGAUCCAGCAGAAUCGCCGAAUGCAACAAAGUGAUGAUGUUCUGCUUAGAGGAAAUUUCCGAAGUAAGAGUAGCGAAAGUUCAAAAAGUUCGAAGAGCAGUGAGUCAUCAUCAUUGGAAUCCAACCUGUGGGACAUGCUCAAGGAGCUGGUGACCGAGGCUUUCGAAACCAUUCGAGAUGUCAUUAAAAGGCUUCUUGGCAUCAAGAAGGUCGCUCAUUUGUUGCGCAUGAACAAUCUGGAAAAUGUUUAUGAACAACAUAUUACGGAUGAGAAAGUCGAAGAAGCUGUCGUCCACGUGAUGAAACUUCUACAGAAUAGCGAUGAUCUAGAUUCAGGUGCUGUAAAUCGUUUAGGGUACCUAAUGCAUGGAAUAAAACAAUUAUUUAUGUCUGUUGAGUGCCUUUUACGUAGAAUGGAGACUGAUCAUGAUUAACAGCAAACGAUUCGUUUUCAAAUAACUAUACUUCGCUAGGAUAAAUCAAUAUUGUACGGUUAGAGUAGUAAGAAAUAAUAAAUUUCUACUGUAUUAAUUUUUGUUUGCUAUUCUUCAUCCCUAUG